UAAAAAAUUUUUUUUAAAAAAAGAGAAGGGAUAAGACGCAGGAGAAGUAGGGAGCAGGGCCUUCCGUGGCCUGCGCCAGGGUACACCCACGUGAGCGGCGGAGACAGCGCCCAGCCCACUCCAGCCCAGAGCAGGAGCACCAGCGUGGCCUGUGGAGCCAGGCCCCUCACAUGCAACCACUGAGAAGCCAGACUGGGUCACACCUAGGAAGACGGAGGAAAGGAUUGGCGAACCGCUCCUCCAAUGGGAAGGGCUGUAUUUGCGGACCAAUAGGGCGCCGAGAAUGACACGCGUCCGCGGGCCUGCCAAGCCAAUCGGCUAGCAGCAGCGAGCGGCGGGCGGGGCUGGGGAGCCGCAGCCCAGUGGAGCAGCGCGGCAUGGCGGGCGGGGCCCGGGAGGUGCUCACGCUGCAGUUGGGACAUUUUGCCGGUUUCGUGGGCGCGCACUGGUGGAACCAGCAGGAUGCUGCCCUGGGCCGAGCGACCGAUGCUAAGGAGCCGCCGGGAGAGCUGUGCCCCGAUGUCCUGUAUCGUACGGGCCGGACGCUGCAUGGCCAGGAGACCUACACGCCGCGACUCAUCCUCAUGGAUCUGAAGGGCAGUUUGAGCUCCCUAAAAGAGGAAGGUGGACUCUACAAGGACAAACAGCUGGAUGCUGCAAUAGCAUGGCAGGGGAAGCUCACCACACACAAAGAGGAACUCUACCCCAAGAACCCUUAUCUCCAGGACUUUCUGAGUGCAGAGGGAGUGCUGUGUAGUGAUGGUGUUUGGAGGGUCAAAUCCAUUCCCAAUGACAAAGGUCCCCCACCACUCACCACAUCUACAACUCCAACACCACUUAUCCCUACAGAGGGCAGCAUCAGGGUUUGGUCAGACUUCCUCAGAGUCCAUCUCCACCCCCGGAGCAUCUGUAUGAUUCAGAAGUACAAUCACGAUGGGGAAGCAGGUCGGCUGGAGGCUUUUGGCCAAGGGGAAGGUGUCCUAAAGGAACCCAAGUACCAGGAAGAGCUGGAGGACAGGCUGCACUUCUACGUGGAGGAAUGUGACUACCUGCAGGGCUUCCAGAUCCUGUGUGACCUGCACGAUGGCUUCUCUGGGGUAGGCGCUAAGGCCGCAGAGAUGCUGCAAGAUGAAUAUUCAGGGAGGGGAAUAAUAACGUGGGGCCUGCUACCUGGUCCCUACCAUCGUGGGGAAGCCCGGAGAAACAUCUAUCGUCUAUUAAACACAGCUUUUGGUCUCGUGCACCUGACUGCUCACAGCUCUCUCGUCUGCCCCUUGUCCCUGGAUGGGAGCCUGGGCCUGCGACCUGGGCCACCUGUCAACUUCCCUUACCUGCAUUAUGAUGCCACUCUGCCCUUCCACUGCAGUGCCAUCCUGGCUACAGCCCUGGACACAUUCACUGCUCCUUAUCGCCUGUGCUCCUCCCCAGUUUCCAUGGUUCAGCUGGCUGACAUGCUGAGCUUCUGUGGGAAAAAGGUGGUGACAGCAGGAGCAACCAUCCCUUUCCCCUUGGCUCCAGGCCAGUCCCUUCCUGACUCCCUGAUGCAGCUUGGAGGAGCCACCCCAUGGACCCCGCUGUCUGCAUGUGGUGACCUUUCUGGAACACGUUGCUUUGCCCAGUCAGUGGUGCUGAGGGGUAUAGACAGAGCCUGCCACACAAGUCAGCUCACCCCAGGGACUCCUCCACCCUCCUCCCUGCACGCGUGUACCACUGGGGAGGAAGUGUUGGCCCAGUAUUUACAGCAGCAGCAGCCUAGAGUCAUGAGUUCUUCCCAUCUGCUGCUGACUCCCUGCAGGGUGGUUCCUCCUUACCCCCACCUCUUCUCAAGCUGCAGUCCGCUGGGUAUGGUUCCAGAUGGUUCCCUGAAGGGAGCAGUGGAGAGCAUCCCAGUGUUUGGGGCACUGUGUUCCUCUUCGUCCCUGCACCGGGCUCUGGAAGCCUUGGCCGGAGACCUCACCAAACUCGACUUGCGGCGCUGGGCCAGCUUCAUGGAUGCUGGAGUGGAGCACGAUGACGUAGCAGAGCUGCUGCAGGAGCUGCGAAGCCUGGCCCAGUGCUACCAGGACGGUGACUGACAGCCUCGUGGGCUCAAGUUCCCAGUGUGGGGGAGGCGCUAGCUUGCAAUAACAACGGCUGGAUGCAGGUGUCUUCGUGCAGAGGAGCUGUGUCGCAAGACUAGCUACACCAACAUACGUACUUAUUACAUUUAGAAACCCUGUGAUUAGACCACGGAACAAUAAAUAUGUGCCAUCAGACCAAGAAAAGGUAGAGAAAGGACCUGAGCUCCACUCUCGAUGCUAUUUACAGAGCACAUCCCUAAGGUUUUCAUAAAAGACCUUGAAGGAUGCCUAGGAUGGCACAGCCCCUGGGCCUGACUCCAACCUCCAGCCUUUGUCCUCAUCCUGGGCUCCUGCUGUCCAGCUUUGUAAACUGGGUGCAAGGGUUGUACAAGGAGAGUACAGCUCCCCUCCUCCCCGGUGUCAGGGCGCCUGUUGGGUUUGGUCCUGUGUAGAUGAUACCCAAGCAUUCCCAGAGUCUCAUUCAUCCAGCUCCUCUUCAGAUAGAAGGUCCCCAUGGUCAGACAGCUGGUCUGCAUUGCUGGUACUGGUCGCAUCAUCCUCAUCCUCAGAGCUGGCCUCACACGCAGUGUGGAAGAGCUGCAUGAGUUCUCAAAAACGGUGGGAAACCUGAGAAAGGAGGAGGGUGUAUUCACUGAGCCUGAGAAACAGGUUAACAUCUACGAAGCACUUCAGCCUUA